AUGGAUAUAUACUGCGAGUCUGAGCUACUCAGGGACGAAAUCCAAGACUUUGAUAAAUGGGGCUGGGUGUUCUACAGGUGCACAUAUGACGACGAUGACGCUUGGGCUCGCUUCAAAGACAUCAUCAACGACACAUCCCGACAGGGCAGCGAGUACUAUAAGUAUCCUGAAAUUUUGGAUAAGAUGAAGUGGACAUUUUUGGAAGACAAAGAACAAUUCAAUGGCGCUUCCACGGCCACGUUGCGCUCUCACUUCCGCGAAUGGGUGAAGCUACCAGCACAGGCGGGGAAUUCAUCAGAGACACCCCCCCGAGAGUCCAGUCCUUCCAGCUUAGAGAGCAGCGCUGGCAUCACGAUGUAUGAUGAAUAUUUUGUGCAAGUCGACGAAGUAUCGUUGCGCAGUGUUGUGUACAAGGAGCUGCCGCCGGCCGAAGCCAACCUCUACGUCCGCGGACACAUCAAUUUGGUGAACGCCGACUGGCAACCCGCACGUCUGGAGGAUUACCAUGGAGAAAAUGUUAUUGAAGAACAUUUCAGAUUCCCAGAUUUGGAGGGAUGCACUGAAGAGAACGUCGGCUGGAUGAGGCUAGCAGUGAGUGAAAUUGGCCCGUCCACCUUUCAGAGGAUUCCUCAUCUGUGGUACAUCGUUUAUCAGAGACCUCCCGAGAUCGUGUACGGCGUGUAG